UUUCAUCUAGCAUGUUAAUGGCGGCCAUUUGUAGCUGAUGGUACACCUACAACCUUGGUUAUAAUUGGACAUUUGGUUGCUGUUGCUGAUUUUACACUUUGAUAGUUCUUGCCCGUGGGUAGAUGCUCCAAUAUGCCGGCCGUGAAAGGGGAUGGUAUGAGAGGACUGGCAGUCUUCAUCUCGGACAUCAGAAACUGUAAGAGUAAAGAAGCUGAAAUUAAAAGAAUCAACAAAGAAUUGGCCAACAUCAGAAACAAGUUUAAAGGAGACAAGACCCUCGAUGGCUACCAGAAGAAGAAAUAUGUCUGCAAGCUGCUGUUCAUCUUUCUGCUGGGACAUGACAUUGAUUUCGGUCACAUGGAGGCCGUCAAUCUGCUCAGCUCCAACAAGUAUACAGAAAAACAGAUUGGCUACCUGUUCAUCUCUGUGCUCAUCAGUGCAAGCAGUGAUCUCAUGAAGCUGGUCAUACAGUCAAUCAAGAAUGACCUCGGCAGUCGCAACCCCAUCCACGUCAACCUGGCACUGCAGUGUGUUGCCAACAUCGGCAGCCGCGAGAUGGCAGACACUCUCAGCUCAGACAUUCCUAGGCUGCUGGUCUCAGGUGACACGAUCGACUCCGUGAAGCAGAGCGCAGCGCUCACCCUCCUGAAGCUACUUCGGUCCUCUCACGAUCUGAUUCCCAUGGGGGAGUGGACGUCCCGGAUCGUCCAUCUGCUCAACGAUCAACACAUGGGAGUAGUCACGUCAGCAGCCAGUCUGAUCGAGGCUCUGGUCAAGAAGAACCCAGAAGAAUACAAAGGAUGUGUCUCAUUGGCUGUGUCCAGACUCAGCAGGAUUGUGACGUCCUCCUACACAGAUCUCCAGGAUUACACAUACUACUUCGUGCCGGCGCCAUGGCUGUCUGUCAAACUCCUGCGACUCCUGCAGAACUACCCACCUCCAGAGGACCCAAGUGUGAGGACCAGACUUACAGAGUGUCUGGAGACAAUCCUCAACAAGGCCCAGGAACCUCCCAAGUCCAAGAAGGUCCAGCACUCAAAUGCCAAAAACGCUGUCCUGUUUGAGGCCAUCAACCUGAUCAUCCACAUGGACAGUGACCCCAAUCUUCUUGUUCGAGCAUGUAACCAGCUGGGACAGUUCCUCCAACACAAGGAAACAAACCUCAGGUACCUUGCGCUGGAGAGCAUGUGUCUGCUGGCCACGUCCGAGUUCUCUCAUGAGGCGGUCAAGAAGCACCAGGACACAGUCAUCACUGCCCUCAAGACUGAGCGGGACGUGAGUGUACGGCAACGAGCUGUGGACCUGCUGUACGCCAUGUGUGACCGCACCAACGCGGAGGAGAUUGUGGGGGAGAUGUUGGAGUACCUGGAGACAGCGGACUACUCCAUCCGGGAGGAAAUGGUUCUGAAAGUAGCCAUCUUGGCUGAGAAGUAUGCAGUGGACUACACCUGGUAUGUUGACGUCAUCCUCAACCUCAUCAGGAUCGCAGGAGACUACGUUAGUGAGGAGGUGUGGUACAGGGUCAUACAGAUCGUCAUCAACAGGGACGAUGUACAGGGUUAUGCGGCAAAGACCGUGUUUGAGGCCCUGCAAGCACCAGCCUGCCACGAGAACAUGGUGAAAGUUGGGGGAUACAUUCUGGGAGAGUUCGGUAACCUCAUUGCGGGCGAUCCAAGGUCAAGUGUACCACUGGUAGAGUAUCUCCAACUGAGUUCAGUUACUCAAGAUGUCCUGGCUACAGUAUUAGAGGAGAUGCCACCGUUCCCAGAGCGGGAAUCCUCCAUCCUGGCCAAGUUGAAGAAGAAGAAGCCGUCGAGCGUCCCCGAGCAGACUGAGGCCAAGGAGCAACACCGACUCCCUGCAGCCCAGAUGAACAUCAACGCCGUCGCCGACUCCAACCAACCUCCCCCCGUCAGUGUUUCAUCACCGACAAGUACCGGAUCUGCGAUACUGCUUGAGCUGGACUCAGCAGCGCCUACAUCAACAGCGGCACCCUCUGGUGGCUCGGCAGGGUACCUGGUGGAUGUGUUCGACACGCUGGGAAGUGGGGGAGUAGUAGCAGGCACAUCCAAUGGUCUGGAGUCAAAUGGCACAGCAGGGGCAGAUGAAGGACUCAGAAAGUUCAUUUUGAAGCACAACGGGGUGUUGUACGAGAAUGACUUGCUACAGAUCGGCAUCAAGUCGGAGUAUAGACAGAACCUAGCCCGGAUCGGUGUCUUCUAUGGAAAUAAAACAUCAUUCCAGUUUACUAACUUCAAGGCUGACCUCAACACAACAGGGCCACUUUCCUCUGCCCUCCAGAUGACGCCGAAGGUUGUGGAACCUACGAUAGAUGGUGGUGCUCAGGUGCAGCAAAUGUUCAACAUAGAGUGCAUCACUGAUUUCUCACAAAACCCAACUCUAGAAAUGUCAUAUAUACACAGCGGAGCUGCCCAGAAAAUGACCCUGAAGCUGCCUGUGUUCCUCAAUAAAUUCAUAGAACCUGCAGAAAUGAACUCGGAAUCAUUCUUUACAAGGUGGAAAGCACUUAGCCAACCAGAUCAGGAGUGUCAGAAGAUAUUUAAGGCCCAGUUUCCAAUAGAUACAGAACAAACAAAGGCAAAGCUCAUAGGCUUUGGAGUUAGUAUUUUAGAAGGAAUCGACCCGAAUCCCGAUAACUUUGUGUCAGCUGGCAUCUUGCACACACGGAGCUCACAGACAGGCUGUUUGGUUCGACUAGAACCCAAUAAACAAGUAGAGAUGUAUCGACUGACUAUCAGAUCAACAAAAGAUUCCGUAGCAUCCAUAUUAGGCGACUUGUUGGAGGGACAGUUUUAACGGACCUGUGUUAUGCGAAUCCGAAACACCUAGACGUAUGUUGUGUGUUAGCAGUCGACUCACUCUCCAUCGGCAUUGACGUGGAGAAUGCUUGGCAACUUCGUCAACCAACCACAAUGGUGCUCAUGGAGUUCCCAUUGACGGUCAUGUGACAAGGCAUUCCUGAUUGUAUUGUCUUUCUACUUGUCCAUGGAUGCAGUUCAGAUACUUCAGAAGGUGCCGCCAUUGGACAACAGAAAGUAUCAGUGAUCAUAUCUCCGGAAGAACUGUGUACUGCAUGCUGGGAGUAAACCAAAGGGUGUUUCUGUUUGGAGGAAGACACAUGUGUAAAAUAGAACUGGACAAAAAGGGGAUGAAUAAAUAUAUAUGUCAAAAUAUAUA